AUGUUUGAGACCCCUGAUGUCCAAGAUUCAAUCUCCGUCACAAUUGUGGAUCAAAUAGAUGGAACACUGGAAGGGGCCAUGGGUGAACCUCUGAAUAUAAUGACGGUAGACAUCAAGGGAUCUGCCAGCAUGUCUCACACAAGAACUGUGAAAGUGAAAAAGAUACACAUUUGUCCCAAGGUUCUGGAUUCUGUGAUUGAAAAAGCAAAAAUCAAGAUGGAUCAUGGAUUUAUUGAACAAUCCAAGAGGCUACAGAGGAACCUGUAUGUGAUCACUGAGGCAAUAGAAACUACAGAAGAAGCACGGUUUGAGGAAGCCAGUAAAAUGGAAGGCAGCAUCUUUUACAAAACCUGUGUCAAAAUGCAUCUUAUGGGCACCAGAAAGGAAAAUAAAGCACUUAUCGUCCCAAAGUCCUGCAUUCUGGCAUUCAGGGCCAAGAGAUUACAACUAAUGACAGGAGGAUCCAUAG